UACGCGUACAUUGUGUAUAUUGCGAGGAAACAGGUGCACCGAGGGACGUUUGUUUGCAACGACCAGCACUGUUUUUAUGUCCCUGCUAAAAACUACUUCAGGAGCUCCAUAGUGAUGGUGGCAACUGUGGUGUUCCUGCUGGUGUGCUGGCUGCCUUACAUCGCCACCUGUUUCUAUGAGACGUUUAGUGGCCAUGAACCGCCAGCAGCAACCUCAGCCGUAGCCACCUGGCUCGUCCUCUUCACCUCCGCACUCAACCCAUGGAUCAACUCCAUGACGCAGACGCGGUACAGAGCGGCUCUGCGGAAAAGCUUGAAUAAAAUACGACAGCUGCGUCAGCAGCAGCUGAAGAACUCCCCCCCACAGAGCACCGCCAUCCAACUGGACGUAGUGGGCCAUAAUCACCCCAUCUCCAAGCCAUCACUCUGGUCAGAUGACUCCAAGCCAGGUUCACCAGAGACUAGAUCCAUGUCGAAGGUGACCAUGGAGGAUAGUAAAGACACUGGGGACAGUAAGGGCAUUACACUGGACCAGGUCUGUCACUGUGGAACCAUCUGUUAAAAUUACUAGACUAACUACAUACUUGAUUUUAUGGAUCCCAGGACUCUCUGGAAAACAGUGGCAAUUGUUACUAUCCUGGCUAAAUAAAUACAAAUCAAUGAAUUAAAUGAAAGGUUGGGACUAAUCAACAAGGGAGGACUAUACCAAGGAUCACUGUGGCGACAAGAGGCAACUGUCUCCUGUUUGACGAAUGUGAGGUCAUUGUGAUCUUUAGUGACCAUACACCAAGACUGACAUAGCUAUCCUAUGUGUUCAGUUUCAGAUGAAACAAGUUCGCUUACAACUUACACUGUCUGUUUGAACUACAAUGUUAAACUACAAUAUUUGAAUUACACUGCCGACUGUGCUAAACUGUUUAUAGACAAACACUGUCAGAGAUGAUGUCACUCCGUUUACAGUCAAUAAAUAUUAAUCAAAACAAAUAAUACUGAUUCAUAAAAUGUCAAUUGUGUUCUUCCUUAAUGAAUA